UAUUGCCAAUAGCUUUGUCCAGGAGUACUAUACCCUGUUAGACAACCCGGAGAACCGAACUCGUGUGGCCCAUUUCUACAAAACCAGUUGCCGUCUGCUGCAGCAGCUCCUCUCUUGUCUCGCAGACGCCGUGCUCUGCGACCUUGAUGAGAAAAUCACUCAAUGCAAGCGCACCGACAGAUAUGUAUACACAUGUUUUGCCAAAGAAUCCCUAAUGACCGUCGAGGGCCUUCGACUUGAGGGAGCUUCACAGAUAUUAGAGACAAUUCAGAAUCUGAGUUUUAAAAAGAUUCACCACAUUAUAACCGUUGUGGACGCGCAGCCCACCAUCGAUGGAGGAGUUCUAAUCUGUGUCAUGGGACGUCUCAAGAUCGAUGACGGUCCCCCGUUUGCCUUCUCGCAGGUCUUUGUACUCAAGGCCGUUGGAAACUCGUUCUUUGUGGAAAACGAAAUUUUCCGUUUAAGUGAACUCAAGUCUCCAUGAGUAAUGUCCAUAAAAACACCUCAAGGAAACUGAUACUCGUAGUAUACAUAAACUUAAUCGGCAAA